UGUACACAUUACGGUGGAUUGUUAUUUUGGACAAUAAAAAUAUAAAUUUUAAUUGAAAUAUAGAACUAUUACUUACUUGAAUAAUGUUCACUAAUGUAUAAUAAACUGAGAGUGGUUUUAUCCUAAUUUGAAACUAAAGUUAAACGAUCUAAUCAUGAAAUAUUCCACCUCACCCACUCCUACAAAUUAUCCACGAAGUACUUCACCAUUACCAGCUCCAGCUAACUAUCAGCCUACGACGGCCAGUGCUGCGGUCAAACGUUACAAAUAUUUGAGGAGACUGUUCAAAUUCAAUCAAAUGGACUUUGAAUUUGCUGCCUGGCAAAUGGUAUAUUUAUUUGUAGCACCCCAAAAAGUAUUCAGAAAUUUUAACUAUAGAAAACACACAAAAUCACAAUUUGCGAGGGAUGAUCCUGCAUUUCUUGUGUUAUUGAGUGUGUGGCUUUUCUUGUCGUCAAUAUGUUUUGCAUUUGCAAUGGGGUUGACGACAGGACAGACAGCAUUGUUCGUCUUAUAUGUUGUGUUUGUGGACUUCAUUGGAGCUGGGAUUAUGAUGUCUACUUUGUUUUGGUAUGUCAGCAACAAGUACCUCCGGACGGAGCAAGCCUCCCCGGACGUGGAGUGGGGCUACGCUUUCGACGUCCACAUCAAUGCGUUCUUCCCGCCGCUGUCCCUGUUGCACGGCUUCCAGAUACUACUCUUCAAUAAUGUGUUGGUGCACGGAGGGUUCCUGUCAUGUCUGGUGUCCAACACUUUCUGGUUGGCCUCCUUCAUUUACUACCUCUACAUCAGCUUCCUGGGAUAUAGCAAUCUUCCAAUGAUAAAGAAUGCCAGGAUAUUCCUCCUGCCGCUGCCGGUACUGCUGGUGCUGUACCUGACCACACUCCUGGCCGGCUGGAACCUGAGCCACAUGCUCAUGGACUUCUACCACUACAGAGUUCUCUAGUUAUGUAGAAGUCAGGUCGUUGGAGCAUGACUUGUUGACAUUCAACAAACCAUGAUGAUGGCUUUCUGCUUUCAACUGUUGUUCAGUAAACUGUUGUUUGAUUUCAUUCCUACAGCUAUGAUCAAUGACGUUCUAAACACAUACAUGGACAUUCGCGGUCUGAUAGCAGAACGGCAAAAGUGUGCUUAAAGACAACGUAAGCACACUUUUUACCUUAGUCGUGUGUCAACUGUCACUGUCCGAAUCAAACCUGAACUUAAUAAAUGCUUUACAUUGCUGCUUAUUGACCAAGAAUAUUUUAAACAACUGAAGUCCCUUGUCCUGAGAACGCGAGAGUUGAACAAAGACAUAUCAAGAUUUAUGAAAUUUAAGUCACUCGAACGGUUGGCUCAGUGGAAGAGAUCGCGGGUUCGGGUCACGCAUCCUUCAUACAUUUUGUUUCCAAAUUUAAUUUGUGUAAGUAAUCCCAGAAGUGAGGGUUAUCACUUUAAAAAAAUAACAAAUUGUUUACAAUUGGAGUAAAUGCGGCAAUGUAUAUAGACAUAGCAAUAUGUUACAUAUUUCGGCUUAUAUGUGUAAAACGCCAUUGGCUAUGAUGGUAAUAUUAUGUGUUAGCUUUGUUGUAACACAUCAAUUUAUAAUACUAUAUAUAUAUUAUAAAAUAUGGAAAAAAACAUAUCGACGAAUUGAGAACCUCCUCCUUUUUUGAAGUCGGUUAAAAAUAUCUAAUAUAAUAAUAUAAGGAGGAAAGUAAUUUUUUUUUUGUAUGGAUGCAUUGAGGUAAUGUAAAGUAUGUACGAGAAAAGCCAUUCCGGACAAAUAAUGGGACGUAACUUGACAUUAGGCCAAACACCUUGUAAGGGACUACGCGCACUUAUUCAGCUCCAUUCGCGUUUCGCUGAACGAUUUUGGUCACACUUAUACAGCUCUGCUUCUAUCAGCCGCGUACGGCGUCGUAGGAAUGAGAAUAAUAACUUUAAAUCACGUCUGCACUCUUUAAUCUUUGCGUGCAUAAUGAUUACGUCAAAUAAAUGUAGGAACAAUACAGGUGCAACUUGUCGACAAGGAGUCGCGAACCAUCCUUGUAAAGAGCUGUUCCGCCGCAUUCCGCAUUCUGGUUUGCCGCGAAAGCAGAAUGUACGCGGAAAGCUGAAUCGACGCGUACACGUCUCCAUACAAAAUUGUUUUUUUCUAUGGACAAAAGCUGAAAAGAGCUGAAUAAGUGCGCGUAGUCCCUUAUUCAUAUUCAUUCCAAGUAUAUACCUAUAUGUCGCAAGGAUAUGAUAGCAAACAGAGAUUUGGUCAAAUUCCUACGUGAUUUGAUCAUAUCAUAAUAUUAAAAUAACAAUUUAAUUAUUUCCCUAAACAAGAUCUAGUGAUUUGAACAAACACCAGAAUUGGUUUCGGGAAAUGACAAAUUCGCACGAAUCACUAACGUUCGUUUACCAAGUUAUAUAGUAAUGGCUUUGAAAGUGUCAAAAAAAAGCCUCAUACCGAGUUUGUAUACAAGAAAGUUUAAUAAAACUAUUGAUAAUGUUAAAAGAGGCGGCAUGAUAAAGAAAAACCUUUAUGGAAACGAGAAAUUGUAGAUUACGCCAUUACCUAUUAAAAAAUUUAAUUCAGCUGCAGUACUGAAACUAAAGAGUAGUUCUCUUAUACAAGUAGUAUUAUUAGGAAAACAAGUAGGUGUGAUGAUAUUGAGAUAAGCGCUUACAACUUUUGAUUUUGAAAAGAAAAUUACUUUUGACUUAGUAGUAAAAAUAGUGCCUUCAAAAGAAUUUUAUGCUAUGCUUCGUAACACCCAAAUGGAAUUGUUGCAUAGUAUAUAAGUUGUCCUUUUUUAUAAAAUACCAUAACCAGUUAAAUCGCCAAAUAGAUAUAAUUUUAAGCGUGUUUUAAAAAUAAUAUUUCGAGCUUAGUGGUGUUACGGUUAUUAUAACAUUUUCUCGAUACCCGCGUAGGUAAAUUAUAAACUCAGCACCCAAAUACGUGUUAUUGCUGCAUUAGCUUAGCAUGAACUGAGUUACUAGAUUACAGUUGUCCAUAACUAUUGUUACAAUCAAGUUUUUUUAUUAUUUUCAUUUGGAAAAAUUAGCGAUACAAUUACUUAAUUCCAAAAUAAAUAUUGUUAAAACACAGUUUCCGCAUAUUAAAUCUAGUACCAAUUAGGUACACUUGUUUUUGUACCCAUUGUUAUUACGUGUUUUAAAUUCAAUUUAUUUAUUCUGGCGACGCUCAAAUUUAUCUUAGAGAGAUUGAAGCGUCGAUAUAACAAUGUGAUGUCUUCUCCAGUACGUAUUACCAUUACCUACAAUGCAUGUAAUAUUGUUUACUCAUUUACUUAUAAAGCGCUUGAGCGAUUUUAAUAAUUUUUGUGGAAUGGUAAAUUAUCACUAACUAGGACGAGCUGUAUAUUAUUAUUAAAAAGUAUUGAAACAUCAAAGCAGACGUUGGCCUGAAUCACUUCUUUCUUAAGCAGCAAGGAGUUAUAUUAUUGUUUUACUAUUAAAUCCAGCCAGAACAAAAUCGUUGGAAGCAACUUGUGCUUAUUAUAUAUUAUAAAUUAAAGAUAUUGGUAAUUUUUUUACUCUUGGAGAAUGAACAUAUCAGCGUGGCGCUACAAUGGCAAAAUUUAAUAAGCGCAUGAAUAUAACUACUGAACCGUAAUCAUAAAAAAAUAUUCAAAUAUAAAUAAUUAAUACUUUACCUAAAUAUAUAAAUUUUCCAUAAGAUCAUUUCUGAGCAACCUGUAAGAUAUCUAGUCGCCGCGCUCACUACGCUACGCUCGUUCAUGCCGUCUCAUGUGACCACGUAAGGGUGAUUAAAAUUUGUUUCCAAUCAAAAUUUCAAUUAAUUAUUUUAAAUUUUAGAAUAUUUUUUAUGAUUAAAGUUAGAUAGUUCUACCCGUGUGUUUAUUUCACGGAACAGAAAAAAUCUUGUAGAAGUGGCAUGUGGGCGUUACCCUGUCGCCACUAUUGUGUACAAAUGUACCUACUCGAGGCUCAAGUGAGACCAGUCAUUUGUUGUCAAGUGAAACAAAAUUAUUUUAAAAAAAAAUACAAAUACCUAUGCCUUAUUGUACCGUUUUUGACCAUACUAUUGAAAUCAUACCCGCACUAAAAAUAUGUACAACGAAGGGAUUUCCUAUCAUCGGAAGUCCUAAUUUUCCGAUAUAAAUACAAUUAAUAAUUUUACGUGUUGUGCAAAACAUACGAUUAAAAAUGAACCAUAAUAUUACGACUUAUGUUAGAAUAAUUAAUGUAAACAAUAAAAAUAUCUUGCUACUCAAAAAGUGCAUGCGUACAUGCAUAUAUCGAUAUAAUUUUAUCUUUUUACAAGACAAAUAAAUUAUAUUUUUUUGCGAUAAGGGUUGUAAGUAAGCAAAAUGUUAUAAUAUGGUUGUGGUAAUUGUGUACAAGAGAGACUACGAUGAAUUCAAAUUAAUAGUUUUGUCUCUUGGGUACAGCUAAAUAUUAUGUAACAAAAAUGUGUAACAUUCCAGUUAAACUAAAUAAACGUUAAUUUUUAAAUAUAGACAAACAUUAUUUAAAUUAACUUUUAAUAUUUGGCAUAUUUUAGAGGUUCCAUAAGGUUGAGUCGAGAUAGGGUAGAAGAAAAACCUCACCACAUCAUGGAAUAGAGGAAAUAAGUCGUAGAAUUGUAAAAAAUAGAUCGAAGACUAUUAAUUGUGGGAAUGUUUGCCAUCAUUGUACCACAUGUAUAUCAUAAUAUAAAAUAUCGUAUAUCAUAAGACUAACAAGAUUAUUAAUACUUCAUCAGUACUUUAGCUUCUCUUUUUUUGAAUCAUUCGUUACUGCUUUCUUUCACGCGCAUUACGUAUGGAAGCAGUACAGUUUAUAAAAUCUCAUGUCUUACUGGCCCCUGGGUUUAUACAGAAUUACGAUGAAUACUUAAAAAAUAAACUAUGUAUUGUGCGUGAUAGGUAAAUAUAAUAUUGGUAUUGUAACUUUCCCAGACUAUUCGUGUUCGCUGUCUUGAUUUUAUUUAAAUUGAAAUAUUUGCCUUUUUGUUAUUUUAGCUUACGACGUACUUUAUCGGCAAUAGACUUUAUCAAUCCUGAAUAAAUCAUUUCUAUUUUUCACUAACUUAUCGAUGUUUAUUCAAUUCGUACAAGACUCGGUAUUUAGACAGAAGUCAAGUCUAUGGUUACAAAGUUUCCUCUUUCUUCAAGUUCUGUGGUUGUCAUAAUCACUUUAAGAAUAUGAGAUUAGCGUAAUUUUAUUGUGUUUGAAAUUGAUGUGAAUAAAUUUCUAAUUAUGUCUUUUCGUGAUUGUGAAUUUAGGCCUAUCAUAAAGCCGGAAUUAAGUUAAUAAAAAAAAUGUGUAAGUUUGGCGACAUCGGUUUCCAUAGUAAAAUGACAUGAUGCCACCUCUACUAAUUUUUUUCUGUUCUGUGGUUUAUUUAUUGUCGCCAUUAUAGCGCCACGCUGUAUAUAAAUAAUAUUAAAUAUGUUUUAUAUCUUUUCAAUUGCUGCAAUAGUCAAUUUAAUAGAAUUAUAUUUGACUACAUGAAUGCCAACUUAAUUUACUUUUGUCAUUAAGAUUUAUUAUUAGUCUCUGAGGCUAAAGUUUAAAUAUUUGUAAAUAUAAAAUUUUAUGUAAAAAAUAUAUUAUAAAAAUAAGUUUCAAUAAAUAAAAAAUGGUAUCUAUCA